AUGAAAAUAUUUCCACGGUACAAGCGACUAGCUUUUCGCAUAGCUUCUCACGUUUUGUUGCUGCAGACGAGCUCUGUUUACAUAGAUGAAACACAGCCGUGUGGCACGCCAAGGACGGCAGAACUCGACGAGAUGCGACGUCUACAGCAAUUGCCCAGGUUAGCAACCCCCAAUCUCAAUGCUCACGCCGAGUCGAGCCUGGGUACGUCGACCGAUGUUUCGACUGUGGAGGAUUCGGCCAUCGGGCGCGACAAAGUGCUUAACCAUCUAUAUCAGGGACAGGAAGAGGGAAAAGACUGUAGCAUGCAAUUGACCCGAACUGAUGAAGGCCACGCAAUAGCUCUUGUGCGUCGUGUCACUCAUUCGGCAGAAGUUGGUCUUGUCACCUCCAACCAGCUGGCAGCUCACGACGCGGUGGCAACCUAA